AUGGCUUCAUCAGAGGAAGAAUGGAACGAUCAAUUUGUUGCUUUGAACGAACCUUUUGCUAGGUUGAACGAGAUGGACUUUGAACUACAUGGUAUUUACAUGGACCAUGAACCAAAGGAUGAGUUCGUGAGAACACUAGAUAAGUGUAAGGAUAAGUUCUUGAAUGUAUUACUUAAUGAUGCUAAUCUUCGUAAUGCAUGUAUGUCUGAUGAAAUGAGAGCACGAGUAUAUCAUGAAAAUGAUUGGGAAAGUGAUAAAGAUGAUGAGCAAGAAGUACAACCUAAGUAUAGGGUUCAUGAUCCCAACAUCAAAUGGGACAAGAUGGAACCAAAACUUGGCGAUAUAUUUAAAUCCGCUGAGCAACUUAAAUUUUGUAUUGCAAACUAUGUUGUGUCCCAUGGGUAUCAAUUUUAUUUUGCCAAGUGUGAUACUAUUACAAUUAUUGCAAAAUGUGGGAAAAUAAAUGAAGACAACCAAUGCCCUUUAAGAUUGUAUGUUGCUUGGAUGUACAAGGAAAGGUUAUUACAAAUCAAAACUAUGACUAUGAUCCACAAAUGCUCUAGGUCAUUCACGUUUGGUUCAAUUGUGUUUCCUGAAUGGGUUGGGAGACAUUACAUGACUAAGAUUGCAAACAAGCCAAAGAUUAAGCUUAGGGAGAUGAUAAGUGAUAUUAAACGGACAUUUAGAUGUGAUGUGUCUAUUGGCCAAUGUAGGAGGGCAAAAAAAUGGGUAAAAGAGUUAAUUGAAGGAAAGUUAAUUAAGCAUUAUGCAAGAAUAUGGGACUACUCCUAUGAGCUUUUAAGAUCAAACCCAGGGUCUACUUGCAAGGUUAGUGUCAUCAACAACCCUGAUGGAAAGAGAUAUUUCCAUAGAUUUUAUAUUUGUUUUAAGGCUUUAGGUAGUGGAUGGAAAAGUGGUUGUAGAAAAGUGAUUGGUUUGGAUGGAUGCUUCUUGAAAGGUGAGGUGAAAGAUGUGGAGAAUAAACCUAAUUGGACUUGGUUUUUGGAGCUUAUACGUGAUGAUCUAAUGUUGGAUGGUGGUAGAGGGUUGGGCUUAUUGGAAGCUGUGAAAGACAUUUUGCCACAUGUGGAGCACAGACAAUAUGCUAGACACAUUUAUGCAAACUUCAAGAAGGCUUACACCGGAUUAGAAUUCAAAAGACUUUUAUGGGCUUCAACAAUGAGUUGUGUAGAAGGAGACUUCAAGAAACAUAUGGGUGAAAUAAAGAAGCUUAGUCCUGGUACAUAUGAGUAUUUGAUGUCGAAACAGCCUAGAACUUGGUGCAGAGCUUUCUUUACUCUAGGGUUUGCAUGUGAAGCAGCUGGGAAUGGAAUCUCAGAAUGCUUUAACUCCAUCAUAAUAGAGCUAGGAAAAAGCCUUUGA